AUGGAGCAUGCGUUCCUCACCCGUAUCAACCGCCACCUCGAGGACACUGGAGCCUACCCACCCACUAUGGUGGGCUUCCGGCCACACCUCUCCCCUCAAGACGUUAUGCUCCAGCUCUACCACCAGAUCUUCAACGACCCAACUAGCGGCACCGGGGCCAUCUUUGGCCUCGAUCUGGAAAAGGCAUUCGAUAAUGUAUCACAUGCAGCAAUCCUGAACCGAAUUAACAAGCUCAACAUGGGCGAGCGCAGCUACAACUACAUCAGAGACUUCCUGUCGUGCCGCACAGUCACCCUCGCGGUCUACAGCAUGACAUCCGACGAACAUGCACUAGGAAGCGCCGGCAUGCACUCCUCAAGGGUCAGUCAUAUCCCCGCUCCUUAUCAACCUCGUGAAGCUGGGUUUCCCGGCCUUCCUUGA